AUGUCGUGGGGGCUGGAUUUGAGAGAUUCGGAGGUUUAUGUACUUCUAAACGGAAGAAGGGCGAGAGAUAUCAACACUGGAGAGGAGUUUGGUGCCGUCGAAUUCCUUGACCAUGGGAGGACAGCAGAUGAGCUCUGGCUUCGGUUUCAUGGAACCAAAACAGGCCGACGCCUGCUUAGAAGCAGGUUUCGGUCAUGUUGCGAGGAGCUUCAGGAGCUGGACUCCGUUAGCAGCAAUGCUGAAUUUUUAAAUGUGCUAAAAAACAGCACUGCAAACAUUGGCCCUAAACGAAGCCCCGGGCCCACUGCCAAGAAAAGAAAAUCACAACCCCAGCUACCAGUACCAAACAACGUCCCCUUGCCUUCAGAGACAACACUGUCGCCUGAGCAAGUUAUUGUGGCAGAUAAAAAAGUUGGGGAAUUCAACGUAAGCUUAGAAAGGUUAAGCAUGGCUCCACAAGAAUUCAGAUGCAGAGAUGUUGACACUAAAUGGGCAUCGGAGAUCAAAAACAGUAUUAGAAAUGCUCCCGGGUCCAUUAUCACGACGUUGCCAGCCUUGCUUGACCCCUCAGUGAUUGCAGAUCCUUCAGAAUUUAAAGCAGAAACUGUUAAGGAUGUCAACAUAAAAAUGUUUCUGUUAGGUGGUAACCAUCUAACGUCAGCAUGUAGGCAGCUUUUGCUUGAGGAGCCUGACAAUGAAAUUUUUUCAUAUUAUCGGCAUGUCAACAUUGAAUUAUACGUUGGUCUGACCCCCGAAGAAGCAAAGCUUGUGGGCAACGUACAUAAUAGGGCCACCUCUUCCAAAAGUAUUCUUUUCCAGGAUUUGGUGCGCCAGGCCCGAUCAAUUUACAUAAGAGAUGAAACGGGGGAUAAAUGGAAAGACACAGCGACAGUUGUUCUUUCCCAUAUCCAGCAGAAGAAGUGUUCCAAAGACAGUCUUUGGGUGGUGUUUAGUGUGGCUGCCUAUGGCACUGAGGCGUAUACAGAGGCUGAGCGUAUUUUCAACCUUUGGGAAAGCGUUGAAGUUCCCCAACAUUUGUUUAAAGCUUUGAUGGGGAUGGAAGAAGAAGUUCGGUGCCAGUAUCUUCGACGAGUUGAAGUACGGCCCGACUUGAAAAAAAUUACGAACAAUCUCAAAACUGAGAAAAAAAGGACUAUUCUGAAAGAAGUCUUCUUGGAAAAAACGCAAUGUUCCACAUGGGAAGAAGCGGAAGAGACCUACGAGCCAUAUGUUCACAUGGUAGAUGAUUACCUGGAUUUUAACAUCAAUAGACGAUGUGUUCCUACAGAGUUCGUAAAGUUUUGUGAUGCCGCCAAAGAACAUCGGGCCAUGGAGUCUGUAGAUAUAUCAGUUGACAUCAACUUAACAUCAAGGACUCACCAGGACUUGAUAAACCACAACAGCAUCAAGUCCCUUGUAACAUCUACUAAAAGAAAACUGGAAGACAGAGUCCGGCAGAUCUUGAAGAAAAUUAAACCAGAUGACUGAUUUCUGUCCAAUUUUUUGUGCUUUUUUGCAUAUUAUUUUUUUUUUAUAUGUUGGAGUGUUUUCUAUCGGGGGCGGUAAUUUGGCCGCUCUGUUUUUCCAUCUUUCAUUUAACUUUUGACAUGUAAUUAAAUAUCCCAUGUGACUGACUUAAGAAGUUAAAUGUGUUUUGUAUUAAUUGUUUUGAAGAGUAAUGGUUUCGUCGUUAAACCUGUCAUGUUGUAUAAAUUUUGAAUUCACUUGG